AUGGCUGCGAUCGGGGUUCACUUCGGCUACACGUGCGCCUGUGUCGCGGUGUUCAAGGAUGGACGAGCAGAUGUGGUGGCCAAUGAUGCAGGAGACAGAGUCACGCCCGCUGUAGUGGCGUAUCGAGACACUGAGCAGAUUGUUGGUAUUGCAGCAAAGCAAGGCAGAAUACGGAACGCAGCCAAUACUGUAGUGAAAGUGAAGCAGAUUCUCGGCAGACGGUAUGAUGACCCAGAGGCUCAGACUCACAUAGAAGAAAGCAAGUGCACGAUUGUCAACAAAGGUGACUUGCCAAUGUAUGAACUUGACACGGGAGAGACAACCAAGUAUGUGUCCCCGGGAGAGGUAGCCAAAUUGAUCUUCCACAAAAUGAAAGAGACAGCCCAGUCAGCUCUGGGUUCUGAUGUUAAAGAUGCUGUCAUCACUGUGCCUUUUGAAUUCGGAGAGAUGCAGAAAAAUGCAUUGAGGAAUGCUGCAGAAGGUGCUGGGUUCAACGUACUUCGGCUGAUCCAUGAACCCUCCGCUGCUCUACUUGCCUAUGGCAUCGGCCAGGAGUCGCCAUCAGGGAAGAGCCAUGCUCUGGUUUAUAAACUUGGCGGCACGUCACUGAGUGUGACUGCUCUGGAGGUGAACAGUGGGAUGUACCGAGUGCUUUCCACACACACAGACCACAGCACUGGGGGAGAGAGCUUCACACACGCACUGGCACAGCAUCUGGCUGCUGAGUUCAAGAAGUUGUAUAAGCAUGAUGUGAGCAGCAACCCUAGAGCAAUGAUGAAGCUGAUGAACAGCGCUGAUGUAGCCAAGCACACCCUCUCCACGUUAAGCAGCGCCAACUGCUUUGUGGACUCUCUCUAUGAUGGCAUGGACUUUGAGUGUAACGUAUCAAGAGCUCGCUUUGAGUUGAUCUGCUCCAACCUCUUCAAUAAGAGCAUCCAGCCAAUCAAAAACCUCCUACAGCAGGUCAAACUGUCCACUUCAGAUGUCAACAAGGUGGUCUUGAGUGGAGGCUCGGCACGGAUUCCAAAGCUGCAGCAGAUGAUCCGAGACCUGUUCCCCGAUGUGGAGCUGCUGUGCUCCAUUCCACCCGAUGAGGUGAUUCCGGUGGGGGCUGCCAUGCAGGCAGGCAUCCUUGUGGGCAAGGAGAGCCUGGUUCUGGGAGAGGACUCCAUCACUGUGGACUGCUGUGCGUCUGACAUACUGGUCAAGGAGGUGGAUGAGUCUGGAGCGGACAUCUUCACGGUUUUGUUUCCAUCUGGCACGCCGCUCCCUGCCCGCCGACAACACACGCUACAGGGUCCUGGCAGCCUGGCAUCUGUGUGUCUGGAACUGUUCCAGGCCCAGAAACCCCUAGCACAGAUUGUUCUUAGGGACCUGGAGCCCAAGGAGGAGAUGCAUGACAUUCUCACAGUGCUUACAAUGAAAAGGGACGGCUCACUACACGUUACCUGUACAGAGCAAUGCAGCGGCAGGUCAGAGGCUGUAACCAUAGCAACAGCUGCAGCAGCAUCAUAGUUUUUUUUUUGUUUUUUGUUUUCCUGCCACCGUAGUAACUUUAAAACCACAACAUCUGUAAUGGGUGGGCUUCGUAGCAACGUCUUUUGUUCCAUAUGAUCACAUGUUGACAAGCUACUGUUCCCUCAGUGCUGACAUUUAAAUAAAAAGCUUUUUUUCCAUUAAA